UGAACUUAUUAAAUAAACAUUAAAUUAAUUUAUAAGUAAAUAAAACAAAACUAAUAAUAUAGCAAAAUAUUCAACGAUACAUAUCAAUAUGGUCUGAUCUUUCCUGUUUUUUUUUUUUAUAUCAAUUGAAAAAACAAACGUAUAUUAUUUUUGCUUUAUUUUUCUGACUAACGAAAAAAAAAAAAAUAUUUAAUGAAUUAACAUAUCACUGUAAGUAAACAACUAAGCAAAAAAAAAAGAAAAAAAAAAAAAACAGAGAGAACGAAUAAAUUAAAUAUUAAUAAAUAACAAAAUUAUUGAAACGUACAUUUGAUAAAAUAACUUAUGAAUCCGUGUAGCAAAAAAGCAAUAUUGGUUAAGUCAAAUAACAAAAAAUAAAAAAAAAGGAGAUAAAAAAUAACUUUAUUUAUUUCCUUUAAAUCCUUACUGAAUCUGAACCGUUCGUCCCAUUAAUUGUCUAUUAUCGUAGUCACUUUUAACGAUUAAGUGCAACGGCAAACCAAUGUAAUCUAACCUCAAAUGCGUUUAUAAAGUGAAAUUGUUAUCGUUAUUCUAAAUGUCAUCAUCGUCAUCAUUACCAUCAUCAUCAUCAUCAUCAUCAUCGUGAUGAUCAUCACUUUGUAAUUGUUACUAUCUUCGGUUCUUGUAAAAGUAAUUAGCUUAUAUGCGUAUAUAUAGACUCGCAUAUAUAUACAUAUACAUAGAUAUAUAUACAUAUAAAUAUAUUGAUUAAAUUAUUAUGAUGCAAUAACAUUAAUUUGCGGGAUAUUGACUUCAUCGUCAUUGUGCUUAUAAUCCUCUUAUAAAAACGGUGACAGUUAACUCCAACAUGCCUGUGUGUGAUGUGAAUGUUUAUCUUAUAAUAUAAAAUGUAAUUCGAACCUAAUGCCAAUUGCUAAUGUAAAAGUAAGAGAAACUAAGUAUUCUACGUUUCAAGUCAAAUAUAACUCACGAGAACAACGACUAGAUAUCUGGCAAAUAUGUGUAAACGAAAGUGGCUAAUUCUCACCGUAUUUCUGUUAGGCUCUAAUAUUAAGGUUGCCUCAGCGAUUUUGAAUUGUAUAUUAGCACGUCAGCUAUGCUUCGAAGAUCCAUCCUGCUCAGCAAUAUUAGAAAUUAUACCUAGAGUAUGCGGUCCAAUACCAGUAUCGUGCAGUACGGUAACGGUAACAAAAUGUCAAGCAGCUUUAAGGACAUUACAGGCUUUUCAAUUCUUUCGUCCAACAUGUUUGUGCAAAGAGCCCGGCAUGGAUCCUGAUUGUAAUCAUUUUCGUGAUUUCCUAUUUGAUCAUCCUUGUGGCUUUGUACUAAAAAAGGCUGAAAAGGAUCCCUAUCCUAUCGAUGCCUUGCCCACCUGUAAUCAUGCUUUGUCGGUGUGUCAACAGGAACGAAAAUGCCUAAAAUUAUUCGAAGACUUUAAAACACAUUGUAAAGUGCGAGACAAUAAAUGUAAAAUGGAGAGCAGAGAUGCCUGCCAUGAUUCAUGGACAAAUUUAAGGUUAUCUCCGAUGUUUGGUUGUAUAUGCCCGAAUAAUCAUAUGAAAAAACGCUGUGAUCGUAUAUUUAAUAUAGUUAAUCACAAUCCGUGUGUGGUUAGAAUAAUGGGCAUGGACGAGAAAUUACAUCAGAAAAUCUUCGACGAUAAUUUGGCUUUAAUCGAUACACCAUUGAUUGCCAAAGCGAAUAGUAUACAUUAUCCGGGUGCGGGAACCGGUUACCAAACACUGCAAGGUGUAUUAACCUAUCCAUUUAAUAUGAGUGAAUUCCAUCAGCGUCAUAUGGCCGCAGCAGCAGCGGCGGCCAAUGAAUCACCAUUGGAUAUCAUUGACACCGGUGGUCAGGAUGUAGAAGUUGACCUCUCAACGGAUAUAAUCAAGCAACAUUUUCAGAGUACCUGCCAUACAGCAUUGGAUACUUGUCGUGAAGAUCCGUCCUGUUUAUCGUCCUUGCAACCCAUGCUAAUGCAUUGUGAGAUGCAUCGUUGUAAUCGCAAUGCAUGCAUGACUUCAUUGCAGUCAUUUUACAAAGGUCCUCAUGAGGACUUGAAUUUGGAUGUGGCCUUUUGCCUUUGCAAAAAAACAACAAAUCGCCAUGAUGCUUGCAUGAUUGCUCAGGAAAAAUUACAUCCGAUUUGCGCACAGAGGCCACCGGAUAAUAACAAUCAACAAAGCUAUACACCGCCACCAUCAUGCCAUGCUGUGGCCGAUGCUUGCAAAGAGGAUCGCGAAUGCCGACUUAAAUUGGAAUACUAUGAGCAAGCGUGUGCCGUAGAUAGCGUAACAAAGAAAUGCGCUGGACGGCCAAGUGGUUGCCGUACUGCUAUGAUUGGUAUAUUGGGCACCAUGCUGCGCACUACGUGUGCCUGCCAGGGAACAGAUCCUCAACAUUUAUAUCAAUGUGUUGGUUGGCGACGUUUAUUAUGGAUGAAUCCUUGUGUUGUUGAAGCUCAAAAGGAUUUUCAUAUGAAACGUUUGGCUGAACUGGGCUUUUUAACGACUUCAUCAACUAGUACCACAACUACAACAACCACAACAACAACUACUACGAUAAGAGCACCACCACCAGCACCGCCCCCACCACCGACAACGUCAACUACAACGACUACGCAUCGUAUGCCGCCGCCUGUGGUGCCGCCUAAUAAAAGUCUCCGUAAACCGCCCGGUCAUGUAUUUAUGGCAAAAGAGAAAUCGGAGCCAACAUCAAUGGAACACAAUUAUAUCGAACAGCCACUAUAUAGCGGAAAUGAUGAAAACGGAAAUAGCGGAAAUGACGAUUAUCACAACAGCAAUGCCAACAAUGCUAUUGCCAAUAACAACAAUAAUAAAGGCAGCAACGGCAAUAAUAACAGCAACAAUAAUAAUAACAACAAAAACAACAACAAUAAAAAUAAUAAUAAUGGAAUGGGAAGACAUACAAAAACUGGUCGUAACGGCAAACAUGCUUACAAUACGGCAAAUGGAGCAGCAGCAACAGCCACUAUGGAUGCUAUCAACGGAAAUGCGCCAGGAAAUGGUAUCAGUAUAGCGGGCGGCAAUGUUGCCGAUGUGAAUAGUGAUGGCCGGGCAGUGGUUGUCGAUUUCGAUGAUCAACUGAUUUAUGUCGAACCAAUGGAUACAACUGAAUUUGCGGUAACCGAUUCAACAACCAUAGCAACCACAACAACAAUGACCACAACAACACAAGCACCAAGAAAUUGCGUGGUUCAAAGACCGCAUCAAUCGGAUCAAUUGAUUAGGGAAGGAACCAGUAAAAGGAUUUAUUCGUUGGACGAUGCUGAAUGCAGUGAAUUAUGCAGUUGUGGCGAAUCUCUAACAUUAACCUGUCAUGCCCUCUGCGUACCUUUUGCACCAUGUCGUACGGCUUUGGCAUUUUAUAGUCAUGCCUCGCCCGCAUAUCAAGCAUUUCGUGGACGUUGUCUAUGCUAUUCUGGACGUUUUAUCUGCAUGAAACCACCAUUGGGCGAAUAUUCUUUACCAGGUGGUGUUUUCUUAAUGCUUGGCUAUAGUUCGGCUGAUGAAGCUCUACUACGCCCUCAUACGAACCUAGGCGUUCAAGAUGCUGUUAGAGCUUUGCAACAAUACGUUACCACUUAUAUCGAUAAUCAGACUCAAUGCACAUUAACAUUAUUCAAUAUGACUGAUGAAAAUAUUAUUAUUGCUGCUCGUUUGCCGCAUGAUGCUAAACUAAAGGCCAUUGAAUCGUUGCGUAAAGAAAAGGAUGAAUGCACAACUAUUUUAAAAACGAUAACACAUCAUAUUAAUUCCGAGCAUCAUGAAUUACAAUCCCACCGACUACUAAGCAUUUUUAAAAUGGCUGAAGUCGAAAUUGUUUGGCCAGAGAAUAAUGCAACUGUUGACUUAAAUCGAACUAUCUCCGGCAACUUACUGAUAUUCACAUUAAUCACUUUAACGUUAAUAACAAGUUUCAUAACACAAGUUAGCUGUUUAACGCAACCACAACAACAAGAGCAACAUGAACAACAACAACAUGAACAACAAUAUGAACAACAACAACAACAAAAACGACAACUAAAGCAGCAACAACUGUUACUUAGGCAGCAACAAGUGAGUAGACAACAUUUAAUAAUGACAACGACAUGACAUAAUUAGAACAAUGCUUAGAUAUAUACAUAAAUAGUCCC